CAACGAUGGAGUUCCUCAGCGAUCUCCUCGACUCGUCGCGGGUCUCGCCCGCACCGUGGGCCGAGCCGGCGCCGGGCGCCGACAAGUACGAGCACGUGCGCUCGUGCACGGCGAACGCGCGGCUCUUCCCGCAAACGCUGCUCUCGGGCCUCUCGCUGCAGCUGCGCAGUCCGUCGCAGCAGUUCCAAGUGCACACGACCAUGGCGCGCAGUGGGAUUCUCACGUCGUCGUUAAGUCAGCGCAUGUACGCGGCGAGCGGCGACUCGGAGGUAUUCGCGCUCCUUGCGCUGCACAGCCAGCACCGCUUAUCGCUCUGCGCCGAGCUCGCGCUGCCACGCGUCGGCACGUUCACGUUGUCGGCGCUCGAGUGCGGCCAAAAGGCCGUGGGCACGCCGCCGAAUGCCAAGGUCGGCUUCAAGGGCGUUUACGCUGUGGCCGCGAUCAAGAGCCACGUCGAAGUCGCCGUCGACGUCGCCAACGGGCCGACCGUCGAGGGUGGCAUCGUGCUCGGCACGCCCGAGCUCUGCGUCGGCGUCGGUGGCAAGUACAACACUGGCAUCGAGUCCACGGACGGCCGCAGCACGGGCCAAAAGCUCGAAGGCUGGAGCUUCAUCGGGCAGUACAAGGCGAAGGACGGUUCGUGGCGGUCGACGGCCAGUCUCCGCGAGCACGGCUCCGUGUUGCGCUGGAACCUCAAGCAGCAAGUGAAUUCGGCGCUCGCCAUGGCGACCGAAAUCGAGUACCAAAAGCGCCGGAACGCUGUGGUCAUGCACAGCCAAGGCGAGUUCGCGCUCUCGGCAAGAGAGAGCCUCUUUGGAACGCUCGACUCGGAGGCCAAGGUGGGGCUGGCCUACCGCUGCCGCCUCUCGCCCCUGGUCCAAGUCGCCGUCUCGGGUCGUGUCAACACGCUGCAGCUCGAGACUGACUCGCACCAAGUCGGUGUUUCGAUUCAACUCGGAUGAGAACGAGACCAGUGCUCGAUACAGGUAGACAGACAAUCGAAUGCUUUGCUGUAGUGGUCGAUGUAAUACAUGUGCACGCU